GAUUAUAGAAAUAUGUAUAUUGUUGAAAAAAACUUUAGGAUAACUUUGAAAAUAUAAAUGUUUAAAUAAAAUCACCAAAAUAAAAAAGGAAAUUUAGUGAACAUUUCCUUAACAUCUUGUAUACAGUAUUCAUUUUUAACCUUUGCUUUUCAUUAACAUAACAAAAGUCUAAAAGUGGGUCUCUAAAACGUUAUGGAAAACUUUCCAAAGUUAAUUUUAUUAUUUAGUGGAAAAAGAAAAUCAGGAAAAGACUUUAUAACCGAUAAACUAAAAGAUAUAUUAGGUGAUCAAUGUGAAAUAUUAAAAAUAUCAGCACCGAUUAAAGAAUACUUUGCAAAAUCCCUUAAUUUAGACUUAAAUCUAUUAAUGUCUGAAAAACCCAAUAAAGAAGAGGUUAGAUUAGAAAUGAUUAAAUGGAGUGAGAUGAAAAGAUCGGAAAAUCCUGGUUGUUUUUGUGAAAUAACUUGUAAUAAGGCAAAACCUGUAGAAAUUUGGAUUGUAAGUGAUAUUCGAAGAAAAACAGAUAUUUCUUGGUUCUACGAUACAUACCAAAACAAAGUAAAAACUAUACGAAUAUCCACAGAUUUAGAUAUUAGAGAAAAACGAGGAUUUCAAUUUGAAAAAGGAAUUGAUGAUGCAGAAUCUGAAUGUGAUUUAGAUCAAUAUAAAAAUUGGGAUCUCCAUGUUACCAAUAAUGAUUCAAUUACUUGUGAGAAAUCUAUAAAAGAAAUUGUAGAAUUAAUUAACAUUAAUAUUUUAUAAUUAAUUUAAUAUUUAAAUAAAAUUG